GUGGUGUUUCUGUGGCCUCUGAGAUCUGGGUGGGAAAGUGCGGUUUCCGAGAGCCCUGGAGCUAGCCUGCUGCGGGUCACCGUGCCCGAGGCUGAAGCGGGCUCCUCGGACCUUCUACCUGACCCUCCUUGUCCUGGGUCGGAGGGGAGACGCCCCUCCCACGGACCCACUGCACGACUUGGUCUUGAGAAUAUCCCGACCAACCCAGCCCAAGACACUGAAGGGCAUGGGGAGUCAGCGGGGUGGGGACUGUCACCAUCCGGGGCGGGGGCGCGCGGAAUCUGCGGUCCCGGAAGAACAGGCUGCAGCGAGACGGCCGGAAGCGCGGCUCGCGAGGCGGAAGCGGAGGAUGCCCGCAGUUGCAGUGGGAGCCUGUUCUGUCAACGCCGAAGACCCUCAGUCAGAGGGGCAGGGCGUGGCCGUGGAGAGGGCUGUCAGGAAAAAGACCCAAGGGCCAAAGGAGCAGGGCAACUUACGGAAUGGAAAAAAUGUCUCAAAAGCAGCUGAAGGAGGCUUUUGUCAGUAACCUCAGUGGGACCAGUGUUCUGGAAGUGACCCAGGGCCUGUGCUUUCCUGCGUUCUGUAUCCUGUGUAGAGGCCUUCUGAUCAUUUUCUCACAGCACUUGUGCUCUUUCUCGCACACCUGGACCACACAAUUCUUCAUGGACUUUGUUGUCUUGAUAGUCCCCCUAGUGAUCACUCUGACUGUAUUGUCUUCCUUUAUCCUCCUUGAGAAUCUCACUGUGAUUGUCUGUGGGGCGUGGCUGUUGUAUCAGAUAUACCACAGGAGGACUUGCUAUGCCAAAGUGCCUGUCCAGAAAGUCUUUGCAAGCUUCUUGAAAAUCAGCCUAGAAUCAGAGUACAAUCCAGCCAUCACCUGUUACCGGGUCAUUAACAGUGUAUUUACUGCUAUUGCCAUUUUGGCUGUGGAUUUCCCACUUUUCCCCAGAAGAUUUGCCAAAACUGAACUUUAUGGGACAGGAGCAAUGGAUUUUGGAGUAGGUGGCUUUAUAUUUGGGGCUGCAAUGGUUUGCCCAGAGGUUAGAAGGAAAUAUAUAGAAGGGUCUAGAUUUAAUCAUCUUAGAAAAUCGCUGUAUUCUGUCUGGCCAUUAGUUUUCUUAGGAAUGGGAAGGUUAGUCGUUAUAAAAUCCAUAGGCUACCAGGAACAUUCAACUGAGUAUGGAGUUCACUGGAAUUUUUUCUUUACCAUCAUAGUUGUGAAAUUAAUAACAUCACUGCUUUUGAUUAUUUUUUCUUUAAAUAAGUCGUGGAUUGUGGCCAUCAGCAUUACUGUGUUGUACCAGCUCGCCCUUGACUUUACUCCACUCAAGGGGAUAAUUUUGUAUGGCACCGAUGGCAGGGGCACAAGAGUUGGCUUAUUAAAUGCUAACCGAGAAGGAAUAAUUUCCACCUUGGGGUAUGUGGCAAUAUACAUGGCUGGUGUGCAAACAGGGUUGUAUGUGCUCAAGAGAAGAGCACAGGUCAGAGACUGGAUAAAAGCUACUUGUUGGGUAUUCUCGGUGGCUGUUGGCUUCUUCAUUUCUCUUCAUAUAGUGCAAGUAAACGUAGAAGCAGUAUCUCGAAGAAUGGCCAAUUUAGCCUUUUGUCUGUGGGUGGUUGCCUCCAGCCUGAUGCUGCUUAGUUGUCUGUUACUGAGUGGUAUCGUUUUGAGUUUUGCCAAAUUUCUAAUUAAAGGGGCUCUAGUUCCAUGUUCUUGGAAACUUAUACAGUCUGCUACUACAAAUAGACAGUCUGAAUCUCUAAUCGUAGAAGCUGAAAAGAACAAACCCAGCUUUUGUUUGAUCACAGCUCUGAACAGAAACCAGUUGUUUUUUUUCUUACUGUCAAAUGUAGCAACUGGUCUGAUUAACCUGACGAUGGAUACAUUACACACUGGUGCCUUUUGGACCUUAGCUGUGCUUAGUAUUUAUAUGUUUGCCAACUGCUUAGUUAUAUAUGUACUUGACUUACAAGGUAAAACCAUAAAGUUCUGGUGAUAAAUGGGUAAGAAAUAUGUAUUUGAUUAGCAUUAUUUUGGUGGAGUAGAAUAAGUGUGGGGGAAAUGUGUUCUUAGCAGCCUAGUCUUAACCAUAUUUUAUUAUGAAGUUUCGAUCCCCUAUGAAAAAAAUUAAACUUUACCUUUUUUUAAGGAA